ACUAGUGGCUAACAGUAGCCCUUACAUGUCAGGGGAUCCACCAGGCUCCACCUCUCACUACACUCCUGGCUUGUUAGCUUGUUACCAGGCAGACGGCAUUUUCAACAUGGCAGCGUCGAGCAACGCAGAGGAAACGCAGUUGCAAGAUAUGGAGGAGGAAGACGCAGGGAUGGCGGAGAAGAAGAUGGAAUCGGACGAAGAGGAGGAGGAAGAGGAGGAGGGCAUGGGGAUAGACAAUUCAGACGACGAAGAGGACGAUUCGUCGGAAGAUGAGAAAGAAAAUGAAGCCGAAAUCCAGCGGUUGGAGGAGCAGCUGUCAAUCAAUGCUUUCGACUACAACUGCCAUGUGGAUCUCAUCAAACUACUGAAGCAUGAGGGAGAGCUUUUCCGUCUGCGAAAGGCAAGGCAGAAGAUGAGUGAACUGUUCCCACUCACUGAAGAGAUCUGGCUAGACUGGCUCAAGGAUGAGAUCCGUCUGACUGAGGAGGAGCCACAUCGGGAGAAAGUAUAUGAGCUUUUUGAGAGAGCUGUAAAAGACUACAUCUGUCCAGAUAUCUGGCUUGAAUAUGCUCAGUAUUCAAUUGGUGGCAUGGGCUCACCAGGUGGGAUAGACAGGGUGAGAUCCAUCUUUGAGAGAGCUGUGACAGCUGUGGGGCUUCACAUGACCAAGGGACAGACGGUGUGGGAGGCGUACAGAGAGUUUGAGAACGCCAUUCUGUCCACAGUACAGCCCCCCCCCGGCAGGAUUCCCAGCCGCGAGGAGCAGGAGCUGCUCAACGCUCAGCUUGAGCGAAUCCAUACGCUGUUUCGUCGCCAGCUGGCCGUCCCCUUAAUGGACAUGGAAGCCACCUAUGCCGAGUAUGAGGAGUGGUCUGAACACGGGGUGCCUGAGAUGGUCAAUCAUCAGUACAAAAAGGCUUUGCAGCAGAUGGAGAAACGCAGGUCUUUUGAAGAGUCACUGCUGGUAGCCGAACCCCCUAAGCUGGCAGAGUAUCAGGCCUACAUCGACUUUGAACUAAAGGAGGGUGACCCAGCACGGAUUCAGAUAACCUUUGAGCGGACUCUGGCAGAGAACUGCCUGGUACCAGACAUGUGGGCAAAAUGCACCACCUAUCUUGAUCGUCAGCUGAAGGUGAAAGACUUGGUUCUUUCCACUCAUGAACGUGCUGUCAGGAACUGCCCCUGGACCAUGGGUCUGUGGAAGAGCUACCUGCAAGCUCUGGAGAGAAAUGGAGCUGACCAUCAGACUGUCUCCGAUGUUUUUGAAAAGGCGCUAAAUGCAGGUUUCAUUCAAGCGACAGACUAUGUGGAAAUUUGGCAGGCGUACCUCGACUACCUGAGGAGACGUGUCGAUUUUAGCAAAGAAUCAAGUAAAGAGUUAGAGGAGUUACGAGGAGCUUUCUCUCGCUCUCUAGAAUACAUGAAACAAGAUGUUGAAGAACGGUUUGGUGAAAGUGGAGAUCCAUCUUGUAUCAUAAUGCAGAUCUGGGCAAGGAUAGAGGCCCUCCACUGCAAGAACAUACAAAAAGCCAGAGAACUGUGGGACAGUAUCAUGACAAAAGGGAAUGCCAAAUAUGCCAACAUGUGGCUGGAGUACUAUAACCUUGAAAGGUCUUAUGGAGACCCUGUUCACUGCCGGAAAGCUCUCCACAGAGCAGUUCAGUGCACCUCAGACUACCCUGAGCAUGUGAGUGAAGUCCUGCUCACCUUUGAGAGGGUGGAAGGUUCGCUGGAGGACUGGGACGUGGCGGUGCAGAAGACAGAGACCCGGCUGAACAGGAUUAAUGAGCAACGAGCUAAGGAGGCUGAGAAAGAAGCCAACAUGGCCCGCCAAGACGAGGACAGAACUGAUCAGCGGCGGAAAACCAAGACAGACAAGAAGGCUUCGAAGAAGGCUUUCCAGAAGGGAACUCGAGCUGGGGAGAAGAGGAAAGCAGACCACAAUGAUAAUCAGGAUGAGUGGACUGAUUUUGCAGCUAAAAGGCAUAGAGGAAAUGGGAACCAAACCACAGAAGAGUCCAUGGAGACCGAGACAGGACUCUUUGGGAGGAAUGCUCCACCUGGCAGUAAAAAAGGCCAGCAAGGAGUCGCGGCCGCUGCCCAGAAACAGAACGAUGACAGGCCAGAGCUUCGCAACGAUAACUGCAGCGUUUUCAUCAGCAACCUGGCAUACACCCUGGAGGAGCCAGAGGCAAAGCUGAGGACACUGUUUGAGACCUGUGGUCCCAUCACACAGGUUCGCCCUGUCUUCAGCAACAAAGGGAGCUUCAAAGGCUACGGCUAUGUACAGUUUGAAUCCCCAGUGUCUGUCCCUGAAGCCCUGAAGCUGGACAGACGGGAGGUGGAGGCCCGGCCCAUGUUUGUGUCACCAUGUGUAGACAAAAACAAAAAUCCUGACUUUAAGGUGUUUAAAUACAACACAUCCAUGGAGAAAGAAAAAAUCUUCAUCUCUGGGCUGCCGUUCUCCUGCACUAAAGAGCAACUGGAGGAAAUGUGCAAAAGUCACGGCACAAUCAAAGACGUCCGUCUGGUCACGUAUCGCUCAGGAAAACCUAAGGGUCUGGCGUAUGUUGAGUUUGCAGAUGAAGCCCAGGCUUCUCAGGCAGUUCUGAAAAUGGACGGCAUGGACGUAAUGGGCAACAAAAUCUCUGUUUCUAUAAGUAACCCUCCUCGCAGAAACAUGAUGGAUAAACCUGGUUCCAACAGGCCCUCGACAGACGCGAUCCCUCGCCAGGUCCAUGGCUCGAGAGGAAGGGGGCGCACCCAGCUCUCAUUACUCCCUCGUUCCCUGCACCGACAAAGUGGACCACCAAGCAAAGUGGAGAACGGAACUGCACCUGAGCAGGUGAAUGCUGCUGGAGAGACUAAACCUUUGUCAAAUUCAGACUUUGCCAGGAUGCUUCUCAGCAAGUGAGAAGAUGAACGAGAGAGCAUUACAACCACCUUCACACUGAAAGCCAUCUUGUGUCUUUAUAAAGUAGUGUUGGUGAUUUUUCUGUAAUUGGUUACCUGGCUUCCCUUUAAUCUCAGUCUUGUUCUCAUCAUGCGGUCUGUGAGAUUGCCUUAAUCGCUGAGCUCCUUCCCUCCAUCAGUAACCCCUUUUCAACCAAGACUUUUCAAAAGUGUGACAGAUUGUUUCUGUUUUGGUUUAUUGGGAGGUGGCUGGCAGGCUAUUUUAUAUAAAAAGUGUAUCAUAUUUGUGUGUAAAUAUACUGUAUCUAAAAAUUGUUCCCUUCA